GCUCUCGGAAGCAGCCUGAACGCGGGGUUCGGCGCGGUGCUGCAGCUGCGGGAUGGUCGGCGGCGGCGGGAAGCGCAGGCCCUGCGGGGAGGCGCAGCAGUGUGAAAAGACAGUGGAUGUGAAGAAGAGGAAGUCCUUUGAAGCCGAUGUCUCUAGUGACCUUCGCAAAGAAGUAGAAAAUCAUUACAAGCUUUCCCUACCUGAAGAUUUUUAUCACUUCUGGAAGUUCUGUGAAGACCUUGAUCCUGAAAAUCCAGCUGAUGCACUUACCUCAAGCCUUGGACUUCAGUUAGUGGGUCCCUAUGAUAUCCUUGCUGGGAAACAUAAAAUGAAGAAAAAAUCCAUAGACUUGAAUUGUAAUCUUCACUGGAGGUUUUACUAUGAUCCGCCUGAGUUCCAGACCAUUAUAAUUGGAGAUAAUAAAACUCAGCACCACAUGGGGUAUUUCAGGGAUUCUCCAGAUGAACUUCCUGUGUAUGUGGGCACAAAUGAAGCAAAGAAAAAUUGUGUGAUUAUUCAAACUGGAGAUAAUGUAUUUGCUGCAGUCAAAUUAUUUUUGGUGAAAAAACUUAAAGAAGUAACAGAUAAAAAGAAAACAAGUAUUUUGAAAAACCUAGAUGAAAAACUCACAGGAGCAGCCAGAAAACUGGGGUACCCAUUGGAGCAGAGAACGGUGAAGAUGAGACAGCGAGAUAAGAAAGUUGUGACAAAGACCUUUCAUGGUGCAGGCUUGGUUGUUCCAGUUGAUAAAAAUGACGUUGGCUACAGAGAGCUUCCUGAAACAGAUGCUGACCUUAAGAGAAUUUGCAAGACAAUUGUUGAGGCUGCAAGUGACGAAGAAAGACUGAAAGCAUUUGCUCCCAUCCAAGAAAUGAUGACUUUUGUGCAGUUUGCUAAUGAUGAAUGUGAUUACGGCAUGGGGCUUGAAUUGGGAAUGGACCUCUUUUGCUAUGGUUCACAUUAUUUUCAUAAAGUUGCUGGCCAGCUUCUACCUCUUGCAUAUAAUCUUUUGAAGAGGAAUCUGUUUGCAGAAAUUAUUGAAGAUCAUCUGGCAAACAGAAGUCAAGAGAACAUAGACCAGCUUGCAGGAUGAGCCCUGGCAUGACCUGGAGAAUACUGAUGGCUGCUCUCACACAAGCCAGGACUCCUAACUUAACCUCACAGAAGACAUCCUACGCUUCCUUACAUCCCUUACAGAAAACAGAGUCCCAAGAGCCACCUCCCCAAAUCAUCUUUUUUUUUUUUUCCAAAAAGGACACAAAAAAAAUGAGAUCAAGACAAAGUUCCUUCACUUUUCAUAUAAGCUAUCAGUAUCAGGUUAAAAUUUUAACUGGCUAACUCAUGUCCCCUAACACUUUAAUUAUUUCACUCUUAAACAUUUUUCUGUGAAUUAAUCAGCAAGAUGAAACAUAAGAUAUAAUGUUAAUGAAAUUAUGGCCCUGUGGUCAUAAUUAAUCACAACCUAGGAAUGACAUUUGUGUGUUAGUUAGCACAGAAAGGAAAACAUGCCAGCACAGAGAACAGCUCAAAGCAAGUCAUGGCUUAGAAAUAGUUCACCUUAGGUUCCAACUGAGGAAUUUAAGAAUUAAAAGGACACAAGGCAAAGCUUUAUGACAAAAUGUUUACCUAGCAUUUGUUAACUUUUUAAAUCAUGAAAAGUGGCAUUGCUAUUUUUUAAAUUAGAAAGCAAUUUAUGGUGCACAAAUACUUUAUGGUACACAUCUCUUCUUUAACAGUGCCUAUGAUAUUUAAUAAUUCCAAACUACUUUUUUUUAUAAUGGCAUUUAAAUAUCUUUUAAUUGCUCAUUUAUACAAAUGACUUUAGAUCAAGCACAGGCCAAAUGUAAGUUGUAGUAACAUUUACAUUUAGUGUAAGGUUUUAAAAAUAAUGCAAAGUUCAUUCACAGUACCAAACUACUUCUUAAUAAAAGCUUUAUCCCUUUCAGUGAUUCUAGGAGAAGCCCCCAUACAUGCUCUCUGGUCUGUUUUUCUGUAUGCCUUUCUUAUCCUUGGUGCUUAAAUCUAUAUUAAAAUAUCUUUGUUAACCGCCCCCCCCAAAGAACUUUAUGUACUUAAUGAUUUAUUUCCUGCUUCUGUAAUUUUAAUUAGCAAAUUGCAUAGCACUGACCAUGAAUCUAAUGCUCUCAGUUUUUGUUAUUUACAGAAGUAAAAAUAUCAAUGAUAUUCCUAUUCCUAACCUGAUAUGAUCUACUUUACUGGCCAAGAAAAUGUUUUUGUAGGUUAAGAAAUAAACACCACCACCAAAAAAGGUGGGCGUGGUGGUGCAUGCCUAUAAUCCCAGCACUCUGGAGGCAGAAGUAGGAGGAUCGCUGUGAGUUUGAGGACAGCCUGAGACUCCAUAGUGAAUUCCAGG